AUGGCUGACGACGACAACUUCGACAUCGACAUCUACGGAGAUGACUCGUACCAAGAUUCGACCGCACAGCAUGAUACCACCGUAACCGACGCCAAUGCCCCAAACGCAGAUGCCAAUGUAGCCAACGCAAACGACGCACAAGAGAACGCGGCUACCGAAAUGGGAGAUCAGACAACCAACCUCAAAGGUCCAGGUGAAGCAACCAACGGAAACGGCCACCACGACCAGAGCACACAACAGAUAGCAUCCACAGGAGGCGCAUCCGGUCUCGAUGUUCACAAGCAGGCACCUCAGCAGCAGGGCACCAAGCGAAAGCAAGGCGAGGACGAUGAUCGCCCCACCGAUCCCGGAGCUACAGCCGCUUUGAUGAUCAACGACGUCAACUGGUGGAUUAGCGAAGAGGAUAUUCGUGGAUGGGCUAACCAGAGUGGUUGUGAAGACGAGCUCAUUGAAGUCACCUUUAAUGAGCACAAGGUCAAUGGAAAGAGCAAAGGUCAAGUUUUUACCCUACUAAACUCACCGCAAGCAGCUACUGCUCUCAAGCAUCAAAUUGAGACCUUGUUCAAAGACCAAGCCCAUACUAAAAAACCGACCGCCAUCUUCAGUCCCCCACAUGUCAACCCGUUCAAGACGCUACCAAAGGACGUACCCGCACGAGACAAGGGCAGGAACGAUCGUGCUUCAUCUGGUAACUUUGGUGGCCAGGGUGGUGGCUUUAACAACAGGGGCGGGUAUAACAACAAUAACCGAGGAAACUUCAACAGAGGUGGCGGCAUGGGCUACCAGAACAAUCGCAAUUUCUCGCCUGCUGGUGGCAACAUGGGAGGUAAUAUGGGAGGCUAUGGCACACAAGCUCCGAUGAACAACUUUGGCAACCCCAUGGGGGGCAUGAACAACUUUGGAGGUAACUUCAACCGCGGCGGCAUGAUGGGUGGUAACAUGCGGGGUGGCAUGGGCAACCGUGGCCGUGGCGGCAACAUGGGCAUGAACGCCAUGGGCGGAGCUCCUAUGGGUGGUAUGAACAUGCCAAUGGGCGGCAACAUGAUGGGCAUGGGUACCAAUAUGAUGGGUAUGGGCGGUGGCAACAUGGGAAUGAUGGGAGGAAUGGGAGGUGGUUUUGGCGCCAACCCAGGCUUUAAUCCAGGAUUCUUCCAAGGCCAGGGCGGUAACGAUGGCAGCUGGCAAAACCCACACGGCGCUAAGAGGCCACGUCCUGAGUAG